AUGUGUAUUCUGUUGUUCUAUCACAAUGAGAAAGCAGAGUUCAAGUAUGUCAUCGAUGAGGAUAUCGAUUGGUUGAGUCACCAUCUUCUCAACCAAAGUUGUUUAUUCUACUAUGGUGGUACGGUGGAGUUGGAGAUCGAGAGGAAAAAGCUUACGCUGAUCGAUCGUCUGAUUCAAUUCGUCUCGAGAACCACUUUUAGUGAGUUGGUCAUUCGUGCCAAUGAGCGAUCGGCAUUCGACAUGUACGACGCUUUGGUUCCACACAUCAACAGCAACACCAGCAUCAAAUCGCUCAAGGUUGUCGCCAGUUUCCAUCUGACACAAGCUGUCUAUGCCUAUGAGAGAUUGGUCUCGCUGAUAAAGUCGAUAACGAUACCGAUCACCGAGUGGUCGGUCUAUGGAAUACAAACGGUGACAUCGCUCACCGAUAUUCAUGGACACCUCGCAAACAACCCGAUCACCAAGUACUCGAUGAUCAAAUACGAUACGUUCAGCCGAUAUGAAUCGUUCUAUUUCGAUCAUCUGAUGGAACCACUUUUCGUGUAUCUAGAGAGUUGUAAAACCAUCACUGAAUUGCUAAUAUUGAGUCCAGUUCCACAUGAAUAUAUCUUUAGAGUUUUGGCUAACAACAAUAAUAAUUUGAAAAAAUUAUUUUUCCCUAUGAAUUAUCCAGUUUUACAGCAACUAAACAACAACCCAGCAGCAGCAACAACAAUGAAACCAAUUAAUUAUUCUGUAAAAAAUUUAAGAUUGGAAUCAAGCUAUAAACAACAACUUGUAGAUUAUCCAAUUAUGAUGAAUCCAACAGAGAUAUUUAAAUCGAUAACAAAGCUAUCCGUUAGAUUCUCAAAACAUACGAUUCAACAUUUCCAAGCAUUCCUAUCGUUCAUACCAAACGAUAAGACCAUUCGUAGUUUGGAGAUAUUCAGUUCCUUUAAUUUAGAUCUUAUCAAUCUGUUUGCAUCGAUAUCAACCAACUCGACCAUUGAACAUCUUCAAAUUCUCGGAAUGAUUCAAAAGGAUGAAAACAACUAUCUCAAUCAUUGGAGUAUCAUUUCACACUUUUUGAACAAGAAUAGAUCGCUUCAAAAGAUUAAUAUCUUUACCUACUCGGAUAGACCACCAAUCUAUAUUGAAUUGGAAUUGAAAUCAUACCAAACAAUUUAA